UACUCGGACGCCAUCAGCGUCCUUUUUACAUAAUGAAAACCUGGCCACGUCCAAGCAUGCUGCAACAAGCUGUUGUUGCAUGCGAGAAAUGGAGCCCCUAAAUCCUUCUGCUCAUACGAAAAAUAAUAUUGUCAAAAGACCCAACAAGGAAAAUGUCAAAGAAAAAGGAUAUUAUUAUAAAGAGAGAGUAUUGGAGGCACUAGUAGUAGGGGAAGGCGAUGAAGGUGAAAUGUACGGCAGUGGUGGAGGAGGCAGUGGGUCGGAUGGUGGAGGUGGGCCGGGUUCGGGUUAUCAUGAUUCAAACAGUGGGUAUGGGCAUGAGAGUACAGAAGCCUACUACAAGAAAAUGAUCGAAACUAACCCGGGUAAUGCACUUCUACUAGCAAACUAUGCCACGUUCUUGAAAGAGGUGAAGGGGGAUUUAGGAAAAGCAGAGGAGUAUUACGGAAGAGCAAUACUCGUAAACCCGAACGAUGGAAAUGUGUUGUCACUUUAUGCUGAUCGAAUAUGGCUAACCCAAAAAGAUGCAUCUCGCGCCCAUGCUUAUUUUGAUCAAGCUGUUAAAUCUGAUCCUGAUGAUUGUUAUGUACUGGCUUCAUACGCUUGGUUCCUGUGGGAUGUUGAUGAGGAAGAACUAAAAGAUGAGCCAAGUGGACAAUGUGGAAUUAUAGAGACUGCAUAUUCAGUACCAACAACCUAUUUAGGAGGAGUGCAUUGGCCACCCUUGACUGCCGUUUCUUAAAUUCAUGCAAUCCGAAUUGAAAUUUUCCCAGAUAAAAAAAUACCUCAAUGUUCAAGAAAUUUCAAUUCGAAUCAUGGUGCACCAAGUUGAGAGUAGUGAGUAGUGACUUCUUGGUUUCGGACUUUACAGUUACUCAAUUGGACUACUUUUCCAGCUACAUUUUCCUAUUCAGGU